AUGCUGGACGGCUGCCGCCUGGGGAUCCACUUCGCCCAGCCCGACAACCGCGGCGCGGGGCCCGACGCGCUGGUCGACCAGCUGGCGGCGGCGGUGCAGCCGCCGGAGCCGGAGGCGCAGGAUGUGCCAGAGGGCAUCAGCGCGGCGCUGACGGGCGUCAACGCUGGGAUGUGGGCGAGUUACAUGCAGUCAGUCGCGCAGACGGAGCAGGUACAGUCCGCUAACACGUUCGAGUACGACAAGGACUCCGGGUUCUACUUCGACGCGAAGGCAGGUUUGUACUACGACCCGAACACUACCUACUUCUGGACCUCCGACGCCUCCAAGUACUUCGUGUACUGCCCCGACGAGAAGCAGCUGUGCCUCGUCGACUCCCAGGGCCAGCAGGCGCUCCCGCCGUUACAGCAGCGCAUGCAGAAGUUGGUUGGCAGUCAUAAUGGUACGGAUUUGGAGCCCAAGGAGCCCGCUAUUCCUCCCUGGGCUAAAGGCACCGACGCUGCUGUCAAACGUGAGCGCCUCACCAAGCUUGGAAGUCUGCUCAAGCUCCUGUCGGGGCCUGAGGACGCCGAGCAGCGUGCGGUUUUCGAAGCCGAGAAGCAGCGCCUGCAGGCCGAGUUGCAGGCCGACAAACCGCUGGAGGCCAACUUGCAGGGGCUCACCAGCCAGCUCAAGACCGCUCGCACGAAGCUGUCCAACCUGGCUGUCAAAAAGGAGGCUGCUCGUUCGAACCUGGAGAAGGCCAAGCAGGCCCUCGCGCAGGUCGAGCAGGACGAGCAGGACGCUAACAAGCACAUCGUGGAGCUUGAGGAGAGGUUGCGCCAUGUGGUCGGUCCCGCAGUGCAGUUUGAUGAUAAGUCACCCUCCCUGUCCACCUUCCUGCCAGGCAUGGAGGCCACGGUCGAGCAGUUCGAUGCCGUGGUCCGCGCGCUGGGCGGAUCGGAGCGUUUCAGCGCCGACCUCAUCGCCAUGCGCGCGCUGGUGCAGAAGCUCAAGGAAGCCCCAGAGGUCACUGCUGCACCUGAACCGUUUCAGCCUGAGGCUCACUCCGCUCCUCCUGAGGCUCGAGAAUCCAUGGAUAUCGACGAUGAUGAGGAUCAGGACCGUGCUAAUGCUCACGUUGAUGGCCUGGACGGUCGCACAUGCCGUGAACAUCUCAAAGAAUGUGGCAUUGAUGUCGACGUGGGCGGGGAAGACGACGAGCUUGACGAGCCCAAGGUGCGAGAGCUGCGUGAUAAGCUCAAGCGUCACUUGGCACAAGUUCAUUCGCUUACCAAGAAGUUCAAGACCAGUGCCACCUGCGACGGCGGGUGCUACGUCAUCGUCUCGGUCGCUACACUCACCUGUCACCAGGUGGCAGGCAGAGAGCGCCACAUGUGCGCCUAUUGCGUUGACGAGUUCGGCCUCUUGCUCGACGAGGGGGUUCGUCGACCUGAUGUCAAGGUUGCUGGCCAGGUGAAGGGCAAAAGUGACUCGCAUAUUGUGACGCUCAACUCGAGCUCGCUGGGUCCACUGUGCGACUACCUGGCGGACAGCACUGCUCAUGUGGUGCUGGCGCAAGAGCACCAUGUUCCUGAUACCAAGCUUGGCGAGCGACAGUCGCAAGUUGAAGAUGCUGGCUGGAGAGGGCUCUGGGGCCCUGCCGUGCCCAAUCAGGAUGGAGGGCCUGGCACUACAGGCGGAGUUGCAGUUUUGGUCAGGUCACAUAUUCCUAUCAAGGCGCCCCCUGGCUGCGCUCGUCAUGUCCUCGUCCCUGGCAGGCUUGUGGCUGCGCACGUCAUGUCCUUUCUGCCUGGCGGGGUUGUCUUCCUGUCGGCUUAUCUCAAGGACGGCGAAGGGUAUGGACCGUGUAACGCCGAGUUGGUGUGGGAGAUCAUCGAGUACCUGUCAGUGCUCAACGGCAUGCAGAUUCCGUGGGUCAUCGGCGCCGAUUUCAACAUGCCGCUCGCUGCCCUGGACCAGUCCGACUGGAUCGCGGCUGCUGGCGGUCUGGCUUUCGUUUCUGAGGCGCCCACCUGCAGGACUGGAGCUCUCCCAGCAGCUGGGCACGGUGGCUCCGUGUCGGGUAUCUCAGACACUGCGCUGAAGUAUUUGAGGCAGCUUGCGGCUACGAUCGCAGGUACGUACGCACACGUGUGGUAUGCCUGCUCUAAGUUCAUCACCGACGACGGGGUUGACGCUCUGGGUGACGAGGUUCCUGAGGCCCUGGCUAAGCAUAGGCUUGUAGCACUCCCUGACCUUCCAGAGUGCUAG